AUGCGCAUUUCCAAGGCGCCAAAGGGCAGCAUCGGCGACGUGCGCGGCGUGCUAGACCCGUCGACGUGGGGCAAGCCGCACGCUGCGUUUCCCAAGACGGCCGCGUGCUCGAUCAAAAAGCGCUUUGCAGCGCACCAGAUCGUCAUGAACGUCGACGUCUGCGGCCCCUUCGUCGAGGGCUUCUGGCAGACUGACGGCUGCGGCGCGCCGCAGACAUGUCCGCAGUGGUCGAUGGACAAUCCGGGCGCAUUCAACGAGGCCUACUUUGACCUGAACCAGGCUGGCUUCUGGAAGCUCAUCUAG